AUGCAAAAAAAUGACCACCCGGGCUCAUCUUCCGAGGAGGACAUGUUUAAUGCCACAGACCUUAUUUCAGAGGCUGUACAGCCUGCAGCACACCCUCUGAUGGAGGAUCAGGGAGCUCAUGCCACGAAAGGGGACACAAUGGACCUCAUUUCCAACAUAUGCACCUUUUUCGCUGACCUGGCACUUGUACAGGAGGAAUUGACAGCUGUUACAGGCAGGGUCAAGGCGACCGAAGAUGAUGUCUCCUCCCUCUCCCAGAAACAAGUACGUGCUGUAGAACAGCUCCAAUGCUUCCAAAUAUUGCACUCAGCUGUGCAGACUUUGCUGGAUACAUUGGAUAACACGAAAAGCCUAAAAAUCAGGGGACUUACAGAAUCCAUUGCAGACAGAGAAAUACCACACUGGACCCGGGAGUCCAAGAAUAAUAUGGUGGACAACUACUAUCAGCUGCCCAAAUCACCCAGGGCACCAGCAGCAGCACCUUGCCAUGUCCUGCUUCCAGACAUUCCAAGACAAAUGGGUGUUCUUAGAUGGCAUUCAAAUCUAAAGUCCCCUUCCAAUUCGAGGAAAUGCAACUGA